GGAAGCGGGAGAGAGGAGCCUCAUCCACGUCUCGCGUUUCGGCGGUGGCAAUACGUAUGAAUGCAGAUGACGCUGCCGUCGACGUGCGCGAGUGAUCGUCAACGUCGCACGUGCCAGGGACUCGUGAAGCGAACAAGAAGAAACUGUGGGUGGCCAUGGAGUCGUGCUGCCCGCCGCCGCCGCCGGAACAGCCCGCGAAGAGCCUCGAGGAGUCGUGGGUGACGCUGGCCACGGACGACACGUACGCGUUCGGCGCCCUGGUACUGGGCUACUCGCUGCGAGAAGUCCGCACCCGCUACAAGCUCACCGUGCUCGUCACGCGAGACGUGGGGGCCGUCAUGCGACACCUGCUGGCCCAGGCCUUCGACGACAUCGAGCUGGUCACACUGCUCAGGGGCCGGGAUCCUCUGGGCUGCCCCGCUCGGGAGGCUGACGGGGUGGCGUGCUCCUACACGAAGCUCCACAUCUGGCGCCUGCAGCAGCUCAGCAAGGGUGUCUUCCUGGACGCCGAUACCCUGGUGGUGGCCAACUGCGACGAGCUGUUCCAGAGGCGCGAACUGUCCGCUGUGCCUCUGAGGGGUUGGCCCGACCUUUUUGACACGGGUGUCUUUGUCUUCCAACCCUCCGAGAAGACGCAUGGCCUGGUGAUGAAGGUGGCCAGAGAGAUGGCCAGCUUCGACGGCGUCGACCGUGGCGUCCUCAACGAAGUGUUUGGCCAACGUUGGAGGAGGGAUUUGGCGCUGCGGCUGCCCUUCACCUACAACCUGCAGGGCUCGGCGGGGCGUCCGUUCUUCGACCGCGCGUACCAGAAGUUCGGCGAGUCUGGCACCAAGAUCGUGCACUUCUGGGGCGUCGACAAGCCGUGGACUCAGGUUUACGACUGGUCCAUGGCGCGGGUGCACCCUUCCCCGGACUGCCAGCACCACCCGCAACACCUCCAGAUGUGGUGGGACCUGUUCAGCCGCCACGUGCAGCCCAAACUGGCGCGACACCCAUGCGGCGACGAAGGCCGCAAGCCGGGACUCGUCUGCCGCGAGGAGAUCUGCACGCCGCUCUACCGGGAGGAGCCAUCUACCGCGGUGCCCACCGACACCACGGAACCCGCGAGUCCAGGCACUUGUGGAACGCUUAACUCGAAAACGGAAGCGUCGAACGAAGAGGCGGCCACGAAGUCCUCGCCGUCAGUUCGCACCCGCAACCAGAGCGUGGCCAGCCUGCUCAACAUCCUCGGUGACACGUCCAUCGCCAACAUCAUGCAGGGCUCGUCUCGGUCGGACGUAGCACGGCACGACGAGGACCGCUACGACGCGUGGGAGCGCGGGGAGAUGGACUACACGGGCGCCGACGCCUUCGCCAACAUCCAGCGCAGGCUGGACGAAGCCAUCAAGGGGCCGCAGGGCAGCGAAAAGCACGAGGCGGACGAAAUGGACAAGCAUGGAUCCCUCUCGGAGUCCACCUACCUUGACGUCCUCACCGACAGCUGAGCGCGACUCUGGAGCUGCGCGUCUAGCUGCCGCCGCACGCUAGAACACCCUGUCUGGAAACUGAGCGAGCUGGCCAGUAGUAAACGCCUCGACCUCACGUCA